GUUUGAACGUGCUGUUAGAAAUAGCAUCCCCCUCUCGGUGUUUAAUUUAGCGAUUUAAAAAAAAGCCUUGGCCGCUUUGUUGUUCAUUUUACUAAAACUGCUGAGUAACAGAGCUAGCAGCGUACGCGUUAGCUUAGUUUUUCUACACGCGAUAGUGCACAGUAAGCCAUAGGACAUCCGCAUGUCAGUCCCUUUAAAUGAGCCGACCUGUCAAACUGUGAUGUCGCAUGGUGAAAAACUUGAGGAGGCGACCAAAGUGUUUUAACAAGCAAGCAAGGCAAAGAGAGCUGAGCAGCCCAUUCUUUCUUUCUUCCUUUCUCCGCCAUGAGCACAAGGAGCCCACUGCAGCACUGAGAAGUCAUCCUUUUACAGCCCGAGCACUGCUUCUCUCCAUUCAGGCCUCCAUCCUGUUUCAUAAUUAUCCAUCUGCAAGGCCGUGGGAAGCCAGCAAGGUUGAAGGCCUGAGACUCAGUGGGACAUGUUGACCCUGCGCUUUGGACAGCAUUUCAUCAAGGCGUCGGCCGUGUUCCUGCAGACAGAGCUGUCCUUCGCUCUGGUCAACCGGAAGCCUGUGGUGCCCGGACAUGUGUUGGUGUGCCCUCUGAGACCGGUGGAGCGUUUUCGGGAUCUCCGGCCAGAUGAAGUGGCAGACUUAUUCAGCACUGCUCAGAGAGUCGGCAACCUGGUGGAGAAGCACUUCAAUGCCACCUCCCUCACCAUCGCCAUCCAGGACGGCCCUGAAGCUGGACAAACCGUGAAGCACGUCCACGUCCAUGUGCUGCCCAGGAAGGCGGGGGACUUUGAGCGGAAUGACAGCGUCUACGAUGAGUUGCAGAAGCAUGACCGAGAAGAUGAGGACGUUCCCUCCAAGUGGCGAUCAGAAGACGAGAUGGCAGCAGAAGCUUCAGAUUUGAGGAAACUGCUCGAGAAGCCCUAAAUGAAUGGUGUCCAACACUUCAUACAUGGGUCAGCAGUGGACUGGAUUGGAAGAUUACAGAAACACCUGACAAUAAAGUGGAACUAUAACUGCUUGUCACUGCUACUUGGCUUUGAUGUAUUUCUGUUCCAAAAUAAAAUUGCAACUUAAUUAACA